UGAUGGUAAAAUGUCCUCGUCUAAGAAGCAAGGCAAACAAACUGAAUUGAAGUCUGAGUUGAUGAAUGCUUGUGACAUAUUUGAUGGAAGUUGGGUGAGAGAUAAUUGGUACCCACUUUAUGCUCCGGGGUCUUGCCCUCUUAUAGAUGAGCCUUUCAAUUGUUUUCUUAACGGUAGGCCUGAUAAUGGUUACGAGAGGUAUAGAUGGCAACCCAAACAUUGCAAUAUCCCAAGGUUGAAUGGUAAGAAGAUGUUGAGACUAUUGACAGGAAAGCGUCUAGUUUUUGUUGGUGAUUCUCUCAAUAGGAAUAUGUGGGAGUCUUUGCUCUGUAUUCUUAGAAAUUCAGUGGAUAAUAAGAGCAAAGUUUAUGAAGUCUCUGGUAGGGAAGAAUUUCGUACAGAGGGUUCUUACUCUUUUAUAUUCGAGGAUUAUAAUUGUUCAGUGGAGUUCUUUCAAUCGCGAUUUCUAGUUCAAGAAUGGGAGAUGCCAGAACCAAGUGGAUCAAAAAAGGAAACACUUCGCAUUGAUUUGAUUGAGAGAUCCUCUGAUAACUACAAAAAUGCAGAUGUUCUCAUCUUUAACACAGGUCACUGGUGGACGCAUGAGAAAACUUCCAGUGGGAAGGGUUACUAUCAAGAGGGUAGCCAUGUAUAUGGUGAAUUGAAUGUCGACGACGCAUUUGAGAAAGCUUUAACGACAUGGGCAAGAUGGGUGGACACCAAUAUAAAUCCUAAGAAAACUGCUGUUUUCUUCCGGGGCUAUUCACCUUCUCACUUUAGAGGUGGAGAAUGGAAUUCUGGAGGGCAUUGUCACGGUGAGACAAAGCCAACUACAAACAUGGAAUCUACGGAAUAUGGAGGUGAAUAUCCAUCGAACAUGAAAAUCUUGGACUCAGUAGUCAAGAAAAUGAAGACGCCAAUCUUCUAUCUGAACAUUACAACAAUGACUGAUUUCCGGAAGGAUGCUCAUCCGUCUAUUUACAGAAAGCCAAAUUUAACCGAGGAGGAGAGAAAACCACCUAUGAUCCAGGAUUGCAGUCACUGGUGCCUCCCUGGUGUUCCUGAUACAUGGAACGAGCUUAUAUAUGCUCAACUCCUUAGACGUAACCAGAAGCAAUAUAAACAGAAGAAACAACAAAAUCAGAGGACACCAUUUUAG